CUUUUCCCACUCGCUUUGCCCAGAGACCAACGAAGCCGAGAGGUGGGGCGGGGGGGCGAGGGGAGAGAGAGAGAGAGAGCCGAACACCAAGCCGAUCUCCUGUUUAAUAGCAUCUGGAGAGGGCGUGGUGCCCCUUUGCGAAGCCGAGGAACCCGAAGGAGAAGAGCGGCCGUAAGCGGGCACAGGAGAAACCGAAUCUCUUGCCCUAUUCUCCGCAGAAGAUGAGUUCUUUGGCCCCUCUUCCGUUCCUUGGGUGCAUUUCUUGAUUUGUGGGGUUUCUUCAACCGAAAAUUUGGAUUUUUCUGUUCUCCGCCGUGGAUUUGGUGCUUGCUAGGCUUUGAGGCACAUAGGGAAGAAGAUUGGGGCGUAAGGCCAUCAAAAAAUGGGAUCUUGGGCGUGGAAGUGGCUGGAGUGGUGAUUUUUUCUAUUUUGUUUGGUGGCUUCUUUGGUGGAAGUUUCUUGGGAAUUUUGCGGGGAUGCUUGUCGCAGGUUUGUAGUUCUCUUUCCGGGAGACAAAAUUCCACUUUUGAGUCGUUUUAUGCUCUCUGAGUAUGGAUUUGCUAGGAUUUAGGAUUUCGGAGCCCAGAGUUUUCCCUAGCAGGGCAAAGGAAGUCUGGGGUGGAAUUUGUUUCCUGCCUGUGUCAGUGGGAAGGAAAUCUGACCUUUUCUCUGUUCUAAUUGGGGCUUUUCAUUAACUUGUCAAGUUUGGAGUUUGAGGCGUUUUGUUAUCCUAUCGAAGCCUCUUUCUCCUCUGCUACUUGUUUCUGCAACGAGUAGUAUGGAAUAAAACGGAGGUUUCAUUCCAGAUAUUUGAAAGUCUAGUCAACAAUAUUGCAUUACUAUUGGUUUUCCUUUACGUGCUGAGAUACUCUGUCCGGCAAAAGCAGCUUCCAGGAAGAUGUCAGAGCAAAAAUUGACAGAUGAGCAGAGAUUUAAGGAAGACAAGAUGAUGAGAAUGUUGUUUGGUCAAGGAAUGGAUAGGAUGGACAGAGAUGGGUUUGAUGGCUCAAAACAAGAACAUCACAUAUUUAUGGAGGUUUUUAGUGUAACUAGUGUUGACACAGCAAGUAAUCAUAACAUUGCUUUGAACACCAUGGAUCUCCAAAAAGAUGAAGGCAGCCAAUCAAAAUUGGUUGAAUCUUCGAAUUGUGAGAGCUCAGUUCUGACUAGUUCUUUUUCCACCAAAGAUUCAUCUGGCGAAGCUUCCCAGCCUGCUUGUGUUUAUGCGAGACAGGUUAGCGGUUCCAGAUGCUUUGCGGAUAUCUCUUCCUGUUGUGGUGUUGCAGAUCCUUAUGAUGCUGACAUCAAGUGCAUGAAAGUAUCAUCUAUCGAGCAACAAAAUCAUAAGAGCGUUAUGCAAAGCUACAGUCUGUCAGUCACCGGUGAUGAUCUGCUUGACCUGGAUCGGUUACAAAAUUCUUCAAGCAUGCUAAUGCAGCGUCAACAACAAUCACCAUGUCUUGUAAUAGAAACUUGUUCUCAUGAUAUCUUAUCUAGUUGCUAUCUCUCCAAAACAAAUAAAGAAAUUGAUGGUAGUGAUGAUAUGGAUGAUGGUAAUGCUUUGGAUAUUGAAUGCAAAAGCCAGGAUAUAAGAGACGAUAAGAUAAUUAUUGAAGCUAAAUCUGUUACUUCACCUGUUUCUCAAGAGAGCUUUGCUUCUGGGCUUCUGGUAGUAAAUGCAGCAGCUGCUCCUGCAGAGACACCAGGGGUGCCCAUACACAUGAAACAUAUUGUAGAAGAGUCCAGCAUUCUGAACUCCGGCUCAACUGAUGUUGCAUCCAAGAGGGCAUUGAUUAGAGAACUUCCUGAACGUCUUCGUUUGCAUACAAAUCGCCUUCUUACUGAUGCAGGCUGGAAAAUUGAGCCUCGUGUGAGAAGUGACAGAACCAAAUUGGCUUCCUACUAUAUAGCACCUAAAGAAAAACUUGUUGUUACAUCACUAUCUCAAGCUUGGAAGGCUUGUGGUCGGAGACUCUAUUCCAGUGCAAUGGACUCUGAACUGGAAGAUAAUGGGAGGGAGUGGACAAAUAUCGAUAGAUUUUGGAGUGAUUUGACAGACACGCUGUUCUACGUUGAGGAGAAUACUCAGUCCACUAAAAUUUCCAUUUCUCUUUUGAAAAGAUGGCAGCUUCUUGAUCCAUUUGUUGCUGUGGUCUGCAUCAAUAGGAAGGUUGGUGUUCUGCGAGAAGGAAAGUCUCUCAAGGCUGUGAGUAGUGCUACUUUCAUUCUGAGUGAGGAUGGUAAUACCAUCUUGGCAGGUGAGAGCAAAGAUAGAGUCAUUAAACUGGCAACGCUGGAUUCAAAUUCAGGAAGUUAUUUGAAUUAUAAUGUUCUGCCAGCUAGUCAGCUUGAUCAUGAGUUUGGAGUAACUGAAGUUUCCAGAAACCAGCAGAGAAUACAUAAUUGCCAUGAUUUGCAAAACAGCAGCCGACCUAAGCAACAAAAACGAAAAUUUUCAUGCUCUGCUGGAACACAAGGAAAGAACGUUAAAAGUCUGGCUGCAUGCUCAGGAAAUGGCUUGCAUGGUACCAAAUGCUCACAUCACGUAAGUUGUGAGGAUUCAUCCAGUCCAAACUAUGCAGUAAAUGGUGCUGACACUUCUUUUGCAGUGAAAGAUUCAUUCUCCAAUCCUAUCGAUGGUCUUUUAGCUCAAGAUUCCCUUGCACCUGUUUUAGAAACAUUACCAACCGAUGCCCUUGCUCCUUUUUUAAAAACAUCACCAACUGAUGACUCAAAUGCUUGCAAAUCUGCUUCCACUGAUAAAUCCUUAUUUCUUCAAGAAAGUAAUGUUCCAUCCAGUUCUAAUGCUGAACACCUUGUUGGUAAUGGACCAUGCAAUUGCAAACCAAACCGAAAAGGUUUUAAAGAGGCAAGACAACAAAGAACAGUGAUUUCUGCGAAACGGAGAGUAUAUGGUAAGCAUUUAACAAAGUCUGUUCACUGUGAUAGGCUAGAUCUGCUUAGUCAUGAGAAUACGGCCAACAUAAUAGUGGUAGUUGAUGAAAGAUUGGCAACACAACCUUCAGAUUUGAUUCCAGGCUGUGAAGAUGGGCUUCUUGCCUCUAACAUUCACAGUGAUAUUAUAACUGAAAAGGUGGCCAUCAAGGCUUCUGAAUCUAAGGAUCAGAAUUUUUCAGUGAACCAAGUAAGUGAUUCGGGUAAAAAGGUACAUAAGAAGUCCAAGAAGAUAUCUGAAAUUAGAGCAUCAAAAGUAGAUGGCACAAACGAUGAGAAGUCCAUGGAGGCUUUAAAUUUCCGUUUUGAUGACAGAAGUAAUGAUUAUACUGAAACCCAGUGCAAUCAGGAAGAUUCCCAGACACUUGCAUUUGAGUCAACUUUAGGGUGCAUGAAAGAGAACACGUGUGCAACAGUAGAAGAUUGUUCAAAUGUUAAGAAAAAGAUGGUCAAAUCAGAAUCCAAAGCUCCCAGGCAGCACCUGAAGGGCAGGAAAGGAAAAUUUGCCAUGUCUUUGGUGAAUAAAGAAGCAAGUAAAUCGAUACCUGCUGUUAUAGAUGAAGAACACAUGCCAUUCCUCAAAAGGAACAGUUGCAAUGCAAAGGGUUUGAGUUCCCAAGUGCUUCCCCCACCAAAUUUGCCUUCCUUGUUAAAUAAGGCCCACAAGUGUACUGUUUUUGAUGAUUCAGUUGUUGCACCAGAUGAUGGCAAUACUUCUACGGGUGGCAAGACCAUAAAUGCCGAAGUUUUAUGUUCUGAUAAUCCAACUGAAGAAAACAAAAAGCUUUCCAAGCCAAAGGUACCUGAAGCUUGUAAGAAAAGAAAGUGGAAGAGACCACGUGGAUUCCGUAUUAAUGAUGAUGACCUUCUAAUUGCUGCUAUUAUUAAAAACAAAGAUUACAUCUCCUGUAAUGACAAAAAAGGCCCCAAGCUAGGUGUUUCAAGACCAAAAAUAUUAAAGAAACAUGAAAGUCAAAAAGGAGGUUGUAAGUUGCUAUUGCGAACACCUGGAAAAGGUGGACUGUCCAAAGAUGGGAAGGGAAUUAAUUUGGGAGCAAGAUCAGUGUUGUGCUGGUUGAUUGAUAGGGGUGUUUUAUCCCUUAAAGAUGUUCUACAGUAUAGGAAUCCAAAAAACAAUGCUUUGGUCAAGGAUGGGUGGAUUACCAGAGACGGGAUUUUGUGUAAAUGCUGCAUGGAAAUAUUCUCUGUAUCUGCAUUCAAGGCUCAUUCUGGUUCAAAGUUCCAAAAACCAUCUUCGAAUCUUUUCCUGCAGUCGGGUAGAUCAUACACCUUAUGUCAACUUCAGGCUUGGUCUGCUGAUUACAAGGCAAGAAAAGGCCGCAAGAGAGAUAUGAGAGUUGAGGAGGUGGAUCAAAAUGAUGAUACUUGUGGACUUUGUAUAGAUGGUGGUGAGCUAAUAUGUUGUGACAAUUGUCCCUCUACUUAUCAUCAAACCUGCUUGACCAUUCAGGUUCUUCCAGAAGGCAGCUGGUAUUGCCACAAUUGCAUUUGUAAGAGCUGUGGAGAUGUUGUUGAUGCAACCACAUCAAGUUCUUUUGCUGUGCUUGAAUGCUCACAAUGUGAACAUAAAUAUCAUGGUACAUGCGUAAAGAAAAGAAAUCUGGGCUCUGGGGAAGUAGAAUCCGGUACAUGGUUUUGUGGGAAAAAGUGCAAAGAGGUCUACUUAGGUCUGCGUUCUCAUGUUGGAAUAUUGAACUGUCUUGCUGAUGGAUUUUCCUGGACUAUUUUGAGAUGCAAUCAUGAUGAUCAAAAAAUUAACUCAACACAAAAAAUUGCACUAAUGGCAGAAUGCAACACAAAGUUAGCUAUUGCCUUGAGUAUUAUGGAGGAAUGCUUUCUUCCUAUGGUGGAUCCAAGAACACACAUAGACAUGAUUCCACAUGUUCUAUACAAUCGGGGGUCUAAUUUCACCCGCUUAAACUACCAAGGAUUUUACACCGUGGUCUUGGAGAAGAGUGAUGAAGUGAUAUCUGUAGCAUCGAUCAGAAUACAUGGAGUUACAGUAGCUGAGAUGCCUCUGAUCGCAACUUGCAGCGAGUAUCGUCGACAAGGAAUGUGCAGACGGCUCAUUGAUGCAAUUGAAAAGAUGCUGAAAUCUUUUGGAGUUAAGAUGCUGGUUAUAUCAGCUAUACCGAUCCUUGUUGAGACAUGGACAUCACAUUUUGGCUUUAAGCCUAUCGAGGAUGUCGAAAGGAGGCAAUUAAAUCAUGUCAACUUGAUGUUGUUUCCUGGAACAGCAUUGUUGAUCAAGCAAUUGGAAGAACCGACAACUGAAGAAUCAGGAUCAAAAAGCGAUGUGUGCUUAAAAGGCUAUCAAUCUGUAAAUCCUGAUGGUUCUAAUGAAGUUACCAAUAUUACAACUGAAGUGCAGGCUGACAGGACUGCUAGAACUGAUUCAGAUGAUGAAGCUUUGCUCCCAACAGCAGAUGUAACUUAUCAAAUGGAACAAGAACAUGACUGGCAACAGAAGGAUUUAUUAGUAUCAUCCUAUGACACCCUUAAUUCAAUAGCCAAGCCUAAUGAUAAUGAUGCUAAUAUUUCUGAACCCUUCCGUAGAAAAAUAGCGAACUUAGAUAUUGAUAAGAAGAGCCAGUUUGAUUCAGCUGAACAUACUGAACAAGAGAUAUUUACUUCUCUGUCAGUUGUGAGCAAAUCGACUGCUUUACAUUCUUGUUCUGGCUCUCGUAUUAUUUGUGCUACAGAUGAUCGAUAUUUUGCAGAAUCUGUCCCUAUCAACGAUGGUGAAUCUGAGAAGGUUGAUAUGAUUUCUGAAGCUGAAGCUAAAAACAUAUUGGAAGAAGAUAACAGAUUGUUUUCUGAAGGCGAUGGAAUUGAACAGGAUAUUACUAAUCAUUCUUCGGAAGCAAAAUGCAGCUCAUUUGAUGGGUAGGUUGCAAUGGACAUGAUUGGCGAUUCUCAACCUAAAUGAGAAUAGGUUGGAAGAGCUUACUGGUCACAAGUUUUUCGUAGAUGACUCUGGCACAUCCACGGAUGAAACCUGAUUGUUCUGUGUGAUUGCAUCCCGUUGAAAAAGUAUGCUCCAACCGACAUGGAAACUUAUAUCUCUCACAUUAUUCUCUGUGGAAAUAUGUUAUAAUACUUUCAAGAGCCUGCUCGAGUUUUUCAGUUCAAGUGGGGAUUGAUUUGUCAGAGCAUGGAACGUUGUCAGUCUAUCAUUAAUGAGAGUUGUCUUGUGCUACUGCUAUGAAUGCCCAAAGUGGAAAGAGCCUGUGAAGCUCAUAGUCUUACUCAGCUGACUACCAUUGCUCGGAAAAUAGCUCAUACUUCGAAUCAUUUGGAGAAGCAAUCUGGAGGCAGACAUUUUGCUAAAUUUGCUGUGUUUGUCGUCAUGAGGACUUAUAAUGCAUUUGACCAGUAUGAAUAUGGAACAAGGUUUGCCAUUCACUACCAGCAACUUAAGAUGGUUUCUUUGAAUUUUUAUGGGGUUUAUAUUGCCUGAAGCUACGGGCCUUGCUCUCUUUAAUGUCUACUCAACUGGAUAAGGCAACUCUUUUGGGUUAUGCCAGAGGACACCAAGCACAACCAGCAAUGGAAUAAGGAUCCGAGGCUGACCAAACGUUAUUGAGUUUCUUGAUGUCUUUGCAGUUAAGCAAUGAAGAACUUAUAUUGGCCGAAAGAGAAACCACGUUACUGUGCAGUUUUCUUCUUUGUUCAUUUUCUUUUUCUGUCUCAUACGAUCUGUUGUGUAGCUGUAAUCUGUACUCAAAAUGGCCUUUACAGAGUUGGAUGAAUGGCCUGAAUUAUACAUCUGUUGUAGGCUGCAAUCUUUGUAGUGGUUGCUCAUGCUAAUUAACCAUCUGCCCUGACCAUGUAGCGUGCUGCGUAUCCGAUCGACGAACAUAAAUGCUGAUACAGCAAAAGAUUUAUAUGCUUCUUUCACUUGAUAAUGUUGAUUUAA